AUGCCGCCAAGCACUUCACGACCAAUGAGGAUCGGCUACGUGGAAAUGGCGGAUUAUAUAAAAUCAAAAUAUUGGAUUAAACGGAAAAUCGAAAAAGUCGAUGAUCCCGAAAACCUGUCUUUACUACCUCCGGUUAAAGACGCCGUUCCUAAGACUCCGGGUGCUCCGGAUGCUGCCGCGGACACGUCUAACCUCCACUGCACCUCGUUUACGGCAGUCCUGGAGGAGCAGCUGCAAGAAAAAAGCAAGAACAACGGGAUUGGAAAGAAGAAUUUGAGUUUGAUUAAGCGGACGUUGUCGUCGAGUUCGAGCGAGUCCGAGUCGGAUUUGGAGACGACGGCUGAAAGCACGAACAAGACGGUGAUUUGUAAGAAAAACCACACGACGGCGAUUAAAGAUAUUAUUAGUAAUGUGGAGGUUAAGAGUAUUCUGGACGAGCAAACGCGCAAGAAGAAUAUUCUCUCUCAGUUGGAAGAAAAGAGGCAGAGGACGAUACAGAAAAUCAAGAACCCGGAAGAGCCGAAGAAGGCGGCGAGAGGGCGAAAGAAGACUGAGAAGACUCCGAAAACGCCGAAAGCGACGAAGAGGAAAGCGAAGAAGAAGGUGGUGAGUACGGACGAGGAAGCGCAGAAGUUGGUGACGAAUUUGGCGGAAGGAGGGAUUCAUUUGGUGCAUAACAAGACGCCGAAGAAGACGGAGGUGAAGGAAAGCGAGACACAGGAGAACGAAAGUGAGGAGACUUUUGACACGAGAACUUACGAGGAUGAGGAAAUCGUGGAACAUAAUAGUAAAUGGAAAGAGAGGAGCUUUAAAAGCUACGAUUUUACGCUUUCAACGAAGAGCAUGUCUGCGAAUGUGUUCAUAGAAGAGUUGAAUACGGAAAUGACGAGGACUAUGAAAUGGGGCGACAUCGAGUGCGUUUUUGAUUCCACAAGGGUGCCGUCUCCAGUUAAGGACACUUCAGCGGAAAUGGACGAACUGAUGGACUACUGCAUAGUUGGUAGUGUUAGGGAAGAAUCUCCAGAUAUGAGCGAAGCGAAAGGGGGGAAGAAACGGAAGUCGAAGUUCGAUGACGACGACAGGAAUAAGGAUAAGAGGAACAAAACGUUCGAAAAUCUUCUCAAAAAUAUUGACGUGGACGAUUUUCUUAAUAAAGUACACGGAGAAUAG